AUGCCGCCGAAUGCUGCUUCCUACUCUGGAGCCCUCGGUGCCUUGAUCGUGAGAAAGGCAAAGCUCAACACGAUCGCUAAUGGGACUGACUCUGCGGGAAGCAACGCCGAUCUCCAGCUGACAUGCUCCAAGGAUUUUUACAUCAACGCGAGCACGGGCACAGGGUCGAACCUGACUCCAAACAAUAUAAAUGUUAUUGGCAAUCUCUUGACGUCCACUGGCACGUUCGGGUCAGACUCCAACGCAUCUGGUCUGACGUUGACCACAGCAGUUGGAGACAUCAACUUCGCCCCUGCCGGAAAGGUCAAUCUGACAGGUGAGAUUGCACUGGCAAACGGGACCUUGACCGCUGCCGGUGACAUGACUCUUGUCCCUACCAACGACUUGAAGCUGGACCCAGGAUCUGGAAAGGUGGACAGCAGCGGUACGCUCUCAUCAACAAAUUCGACCGCAACGUUGACCGGUGACGGCGUGCCGACCAGAAUCGUUUCCUCGACCGGGCAGGACAUCCAGCUCCGCCCUGUAUCUGGUCAAAGUGUUACCACGGACGCGCCAAUCGUCACUUCCGACACCCAUGUGACAGGAACGACUGCCCUAGUGCUCGGAGCGCAAUCUGGCAAUGUGACUCUUGCUCCCACCUCAGGGAAUGUAAUUCUCACCCCUGGGGGCUCAAAUGCUGUUAUCAAGAUGUCGAGCGAUGUGUUGCUCAGUGCUCAGAACGUUGUUGGGUCAAAUGCUUCCGGGGUUUUGAUCAACGCCGCUGCUGGUGACCUCGGGCUGACCAGUUCGGGCUCUAUCAUUGCAAACAGCCUCUUCAAGACGAGCCAGGGCACCAUCCAGUCGACUGCCAGCAACCUCGAGCUGAAUACGUCCGGCCAGGGGGACAUUCGGCUUUAUCCUGGGGGAUCCAACGCUAAUGUCGCUAUCGGUGCUGUUGGGGCGGGUACUUCGACCGUUCUUCAGGUCAACGGUGGAGCGAUUACUGGAAGCAAAUCGACAGUUCUUUCCACGACGUCAGGGGAUCUGACGCUCACCUCAGCUGCAAACAUUGUGGUCACUUCUCCUAUCGUCACUUCCGCAGGAGCAAUCACUGCUUCUGGCACAGAUCUCACCCUUUCUGCGCCUAGUGGCCACAAAGUGGUGAUUGAUGGUGAUUUAGAUGUGACUGGGACUGUUACGCAUGUGAAUUCAACGGACCUGUUGGUCGAAGACAAAACAGUGACUUUGGCACACAGCGACUCUCCGGGUGCGUUGGCUACGGUAGAUGGAGCAGGUAUCGUUAUUGACAACUCAGACACUGAUGUAAGCCUGAGAUUCAACGAUAAUGCAGGAGUGCCGUUCUGGGCUCUGAACGGUGGUGACUUCCGCUUCCAGAAGACCUUCGUUUUCAACGGUACGACACGUAUGGUGGGUUAUGAGCUGAGUAUUGACCCUGAGAGCGAAAAUCUGGUAUUCUCGAACGAAUGCAAAGAGGACGAGAUGAUAGAUCUCACGCAACCUCGGUGCUCGUGUGGAGAGAUCGCGUACUACGCGCUCGCGGGAGGCGAAGCGGUCUGUUGCAGAGGCUGCAUGACACCUGAUAUGGUCCACACGAGGAAGCACACGUGCGUUGUCGGCUCUUGUGAGCCGAUAAAGUCAGUGCGCUUUGCCAACACGGCCUGUUACGAGUGUAGCGGAAAGGUCCCGCAAAAGAUGUGGGAGCGCAAGGUUGUGAAGGAGUUGAAGCGCCUCGGUAUCGAGUAUAGCUAUUACGAUGUGAGCGUCCCGUGCUCCCAGGCCAAGGGGAUCAAAGCAUUCCGGCCGGACCUCAUAUUUGCACUUCAGGACUUCGUGGUCAUCCUCGAGGUGGACGAGAACGAGCAUCGGGCUUACGAGCUGUCGUGCGAGGUGGGGAGAGUUGGUGAUAUCAAGGAUGCCAUCGAGCUGCCCCUCCUCCUCAUCCGCCUCAACCCCUCCGAGGCGCGCAUCAAGGCACUGGGCGAGACAAUGAAGUGGGCUUUCUCCAUGGGAGAAGCUGUCAAGGCACAGGAAGCGGGGCUCAUGCUUGCAUAUCACGGGUACUCGGACAGCAGGAGGGCCGAGCUUCACGAGCAGAUGGUCAGGCAGAACGGCUUUGCAUACGAAACGAUUGUUUUGUAA